GUCCUGGACUUUGACUGGUGUAUGCUCAAAGGAAUGGUCAUGACUAUCUCCGUCUGGCUCUGGUCACAGACCUCUUGCUGCCAUACCCGUCUCAGAGUGACUUGGUGAUCCUGCUCCAGUCUACAAUAAUGAGCAAAGGAUGUCAUUCACCCACAUCACGUUUCAGAUGAUCUUCCAUGGCCAUUCGACACCUGGAACUGCCAUUUUCAUUUGCUGCUUAUGAAUUUCAACGUAAGCUCCCAGUGAUCAUUGUGUGCUGUUUACAUCCCCUCAGCUACCACGCUACCCCUGCUUUCCCGAUCUUCCACUUGUUCCAUCCCGGGUUUCUGGUUCAUCAAAUGACGGCCCGACACAAGACAAAGAGCAAGGGAGCUAGGGAGCAUCACCACCACACCACUGCCUUGCUGCUCUUGAGUCACAGCGUAACUUAUUCCCGCUCCUCUACAAUGACCGACAACCAGUCCCAACCAGGCCGGUGUAUAUACUCAAAACAGUAUGGGGCGGAGUGCUCUACAUGGCUGAAGUGUCUCCCAAAUCCAAGGCAGCCAGUGAUGCAUCCCACCCGAAACGGUCGGCCAUACGUCAAACCGCAGGUCAAAGCUCAAGCUGCCUGCUGCACGACAAGAGAUAUUCCACCUUGCACAGCCAAUCGUCGGAGUCAAUGCUAACCUGGCCAUCCAGGACAGACGACAUGAGCUACACAUUCUAGCCGUGGGGUUCAUUUCCUCCCUUCUCCUCUUCCCAGACCGGUAGUUCUAGAUCGACCACAAUAGGGGCAUGGAACCGUUUCCCACCCCGAUGCGGCCAACUGGUCGCCACGAUGGCCGCAUUGACAAUACAUGUUUCGCGUCGCCUUAAAUUAGACCCGUCUUCAUUCUCAAGCCUUG